GAUCAAUUGCUGACCGGGCUAGCCUUUGUGCGCGUGAUUUUUUCGUCAACAGUCCGUUGCUAUGGAACGCUUGUAGAUUUCGAUGACGGCCUUAGGGGCCUGGAACAGCCAUGCAACGCCGAGUCGCCGAUACUUACGAGAAUGCUUGGCCUAAAGCUUCUCUUCACCACAAAGGCUGAUGAGCGAUUCCCUGUAGUGCUCGAUUUUGGACUAAGCUCGUCCCAGCUCAAAGCCCCGAGAGAUGACUAUAUCGGUAUACCUGCGGGCACCGAGAGUCUAAGCGCUUCAUACACAUGGGAUGCUUGCAGUACUGGUAAUGUAGCUCAGCGGACAGGAGCGCGUUGGCUUUCCCCAGGUUGGAAUGCGGCUUCGAGGUUUGGCGACGUCAGCACCCAUGGCUCAGUGCUUGGCGCAAAAGUUCCAUCAUCACUAAGCAGAGAGGCGGGCUUUUCAUCGCGCUUAUCAUGGCCAGCAAGCUGGUUGCCGAGCUUUCCUUGGAAUGCAACCGCAUCAUUUGGUCCGCGACGGUCUGCCACAGGCGCAAAAAUGCAGUCUUGUGUUGGUCGCAGCUCGCUAGGCGUUAUUUCCGGGAGUGCGCUUGGGGCCGUGUUGAACAGUCUCGUACGGCCUCCUCCAACAUCUGCUUGCCAGACCCUUAGCGCUACUCAUCGCCACACAGUGGCGCUAUUGCCCCAGGCCGCUGCCAUCGCGAGCUCCGUCAGCACCAGCAUCCCAACCUCUGCCCCCUUAUCUCUCAUCAGCUCCUGCACGGACCCCUUUGACACUUUUGAGCGACAUCCAUCCACCACCUCACCCUCCUGUCCGCCAGCCCCCGCCUUCUCGACCUUACCCGCCAGCCAGCCUGCUUCCUUUCCUGCCCGCAGCCAUCCUCACAGCCUGCCUCACAGCCACCCGAGCAGCUACACGGCCCAUGCUGCCACCUCCUCCUCCGUCCACCCAGUCCCGACCCCAGCGCCCCCCUCCUCACACGCACCCAGCGGCCCUACUACAACCCACGCUGCCGCUUGUGCCUCUGCCUCGGCAUCCCCCCCAUGGGCCGCUGCGCCCGCCCCCAGCUCCCAGCCCCCCCGGGAGCUUGGUGGCGCUACCCACAGCGCCACCUGCUACCCACCAGGAGGAGGAGGAGGAGGAGGAGUGGGCUGCCAUGCAGGAGGAGCAGCUGCAGGGGUAACGCAGGCCUGCAGUCUGGAGCAGCAGCAGCAGCAGCAGCUCUGGCGGCAACCCCAGCAACCCAGCAGCCUACAUAGGGAGCAACCCUGGGAGGCAACCCAGUGGCAGCGACAUCAAUCCCAUGACGCAUCAGGGACUCCGAUUGCGGCGCCACCUGCGUCAACCGCUCAGUUCGCUGUAUCAGCGGAAACGCAGCAGGGGUGGCAGCAGCAGCAGGGGCAGGGGCAGCAGCAGGGGCAGGGGCAGGGACUGUCCCCAGCUGCCAUCUUGUCCGGGUGGGGCGGGGGCGAGGUGCAGGGUGCCACCGGUCUACCACCGGCACCGCAGCAGCAGCAGCAGCAGCAGCCUCAGGAAGGCUCGGGUCCGCUGCUGCCCAAUGGCUUGCUGUUCCUGUCUCCCCUGGCGCCGUCAUGGGGGGUGCACCUGCCGGGCAGGCAGCCGGUGACACUGGCAGCGGUCCUAGCGGGCGCAGCGGCAGGGAUGGGGACAGCGGCAGGGACGGGGACAGCAGGAGUGGCAGCAGCGGGGGCAGCAGCAGCGGCAGGGUUGUUGUCGCAGUGGCGGGUGCUGCGGCAGCUGUACCGGGGGUAUGCCAGCGGGGUGUACAAGGCCAGCUGCCUGCUGUCCGGCGCCGACGUGGUGCUCAAGGCCUACAACCUGGCCAGCCUGUCCGGCUUCCUGCGCAACCAGGUGCUGCGCGAGCUGGACAUCCACUCGCGGCUGGCGCACCCGGGCGCCGUGCAGCUGCUGGCGGCGUUCAAGGAGGGCGAGGUGCUGGUGCUGGUGCAGGAGUACGUGCGCGGGGGCUCGCUGGACCGCGUGCGUCGCAAGCUGGGCGGGCGCAUGACGGAGUUCCAGGCCAUGCACCUGGUGCUGCUGCCGCUGCUGGGCGUGCUGGCGUACCUGCAUAGCAAGGGAAUCGUGCACAGAGACAUCAAGCCGGAGAACCUGUUGUUCACCGAGGACUGGCAGCUCAAGGUGUGCGACUACGGCGUGUCCAUCUGCCUGCAUGAGGAGCGGGCGGUCACACGGACGGGGUCACGGGAGUACAUGGCGCCGGAGGUGAACAUCUGCCCCCUGAAGCGCGGCCCCGAGGACAACAAGGACAACGCCGCUCUGUCGUACGGCUGCUCGGUGGACGUGUGGUCCCUGGGCGCACUGGUGUACGAGCUGCUGGUGGGCUUCACGCCCUUCCCGGGGGGGCCGCCGCCGCGGAAGGAGGGAGCCACGGGGUCGGCGGCCAAGUCGCUGGCCUACCCCGGGGGCGUCAGUGCGGGCGCGCGCGCCUUCGUGCAGGCGUGUCUGGAGCUCGAGCCGGCGGACCGACCCACGGUUCCGCAGCUGCUCAUGCACCCCUGGGUGCAGAACGCGCUGGCUGCCAGGGGCGGUGGUCAGCUGCAUCCCCCGCUACACGGCGCAGCGCGGGCGGCUGGGUGCUGCUAAGUGGUGUGGCCGCUUCAAGGUAGGCUGCAAGCUAGCAGCAGCGGCAGCAGCAGC